AUGAGUGCUCAAGCGGGAUCCUCGGAAGUUUCUAAAAAGCUCAAGGUUUCUAGAAAGGAAUGGGCCAAAAUCUAACGAAUAACAAAGUUGCAGGCGGCAAUUCGUGCAAAACUUGAAGAACUCGGAGUCUACGUUGACGAUGAACUGCCUGACUACAUUAUGGUCAUGAUUGCCAACAAAAAAGAAAAGGCUCAGAUGAAGGACGAUCUGAACUUGUUCAUCGGAAAAAGCACCGCUAAAUUCGUCGAUUGGUAUAGAAAUCAACGUUUAUCGAGCUUCAAAUAUUGGGUUUCAGGCUUUUUGAUUUAUUUGACCGACUGCAAAAUGCUUCGGCGAAAUCGAGUGAAAGUAGCCGGAAGGAAGAGGAGAAGAAAAAGGAACUCGAGCUCAAAGAGCAAGAAGAGAAACAUCAGAGAGAAGAGAGGAGAAAGACAGGGAACUGUACGAAGAGAUUACGGAAUACCACGACAAUGAUAAAAUUUAUUCAGGCAAAAGAGAAGGAGCGAGAAAGAGAAAAGGAACGUGAACGGGAGAAGGAGCGGCAGAGAGAAAGGGACCGCGAGAAGCGGGUCGAGGAGGAGAAAAGACGUGAUGAGAAACGGAGGGAGAUUCAGAAGUAAGACAAACUUGAGAAACACAAAUUAAUAUGUCAAUUCAGGAACAAGCGCAGACGCAGUCGUUCGAACACUUACUCCGAUGAGGAAGACAGAGCUCGGAUCAGGGACAAACCCGACCGUCAACGCCGAGAUCAUCGAGAGCCGAGAGUCAGAUCUCCCGAACGGAGGAAAAUACCCUCAUAUGUCGUUCCUCAGUCGUCGGCUAGUCCAGAUCGGAAGCUCAACUCGACAGUCACUGUGAAACGGAAUAUUCGUCCGUCUGGAGAGUAAGUGAAAACACAGAGAAUCAGUGAAACUCCUUUCUGUUUCAGUGUCAACGUCAAGGGACGUGGAUCGAUGUUCCUUCGUGCGAUGAACGAGGCCAGUGUGAGUGCUGGAUACGGACCACCGACUUCGAAGCAAGCCGAGCAACACGGACAAGACGAAGACGAUAUGUCUGAUGUGGAGGCUCUGCCAACAAAAACGGACUCAUCGCCGAAAAAAAGCAUUCGCGAAAGGCUGAGCAGGUAGACAAUGCGAAGAACAUUUUCUGAGCCUCCCUGAAUAACAAUUUCAGAAUCACUUCCAAUGGAAAUCAGCUGAUUGAGGAUGACGCAGUCGUUCUGGGCAGUCAGCCACAGACUGGCGGACCGCAGAUGAUUCUAAAGUUGGCCGGAGGAAAGGAAGCGAUCAAAAGAACUCGCAUUCAAGAUCGCAUUGUCGUUGAUGAUAAUUUGCGCAGAGGGCUUCUGAAGAGAAAAGUCGCCGCGUCAGAGGAGCCGAAGAGUAAGCACGAGAGAAUAAUAUUCGACAUAGCUCAAUCUCGUGACUCGACGCCGACUGAUGACUCUCCGACGAUGCGCAAAUGGAAUGGUCAGAUUGAAUUGGGCGACGACUCUGAAUCUGACGACGAGGAGGCCGAGAUAGAUGCGUUCGUCGCCGAAGCGAGAGGAAUAACGAGAAUAGACAGUGUGCGCGAGGAGGAGGACGAACUGCCGCCGACACACCAACUGUCCGGAAAGUCGUUCGCCAUCCACGUCAAUCAGCACUAUCAGCAGCCAGUGCCCACCUACAUCCCGACUCCGUUGAGUGUCCUCCAAGAGCAGCAGAAUCAGUUGAACGGAGGCUUCGCGAAGGAGGACAAUCACGUAAAGGAACGGUGCAUCUUCUGGCCAAAGUGCACGAAAGGAGACGCCUGCAAUUUCAUGCACCCGGUCAAGAACUGCACGUGCGUUGUUCUUUCACUUCGCUCUAUUUUUAAGUAGCCUUCUUUUUCAGAAACUUCCCGAAUUGCACUUAUGGAAUCCGCUGCCUCUUUAUCCAUCCACCAUGCCGUUUCGACCGUUUUUGCACCAAGAAACACUGUCCAUUCACUCAUCACGGAACCGGCGGAGUUCAACCUGGAGUCAAGCCUGAAGCGAACUCUGAAAAAUUCUAUCCUCUCACUUCGAACCGAGUUUCUGCGGUCUUGAAGUCACCCGAGGUGCUUCCCAAGCCGACUGUUCGUGGAGCUCUCGGAAAUCUCGCUGAAAAGUUGGCCGCUUCAAUCAAGAAGAAGGGCUCUCCAACCGAAAAGAAGGAGGAGAAGACUGAUGAAAAUGAGAAGAAGGAGGCGGAAGCGGAAGGGUCGAAAGAGUUGACUCCGCCAAAGGAUGAUGCCAAUUCGAUCAAGCAACCAACUACCAAACCACUUCCAGAGUAAGCAAAUGACAAAUUCUCAGUAGAAAACAAUCUUUUAAAGUUUCAGAAUCGCUCCUCUCCAGAAUAUGAUUCCGUGCCGCUACGGCGUCAGCUGCCGCAAUCCGGUUUGCCACUUCAAACAUCCGAAGGAGUGCAGAUUCGGAUCCAACUGCCGCAACCCCGGCUGCUACUUCUUCCACAAGCCGACCGCUGCUGCUGCUGCACCGACUACGCCGGUCAUCGACAACUCCGCGGUUACUGCCAAGUACAAGUGGACUGCCGCCGCUCCCUAG